AUCUCUCAUCUUCCCGAUCUGCCCUUCCGGUGGGUUACUUACAAUCACGAACCGAAAGCUCCAUUCUUUUUUGCCAUAUGAUGAAUUCCUGAUCUUUGAAGGAUAAUUCUUGUCUUCAAUAAACAUAUGUUUUGAGCUAUCUGAACUGCUAUGUCGAGAAGUGUGGUCCAGUAUCACGCAGCGGAUGGGGAUCGAAUCAGCCAACUCCCGGUAGUGAUACUCGACCACAUUAUGGGACUAUUGCCUGUCGAACAAGCUGCUAAAACUGCAGUUCUGUCUAGGGUUUGGAGAGAUGUGUGGUUCAGUCUCUCGCGGUUGUGCUUUGAUGAUAACUUCUUUCGUAUUUUUCCUAAGAAAUGCCCUCGGGGCAUCAAAUGCGUCACGAUCUAUUCGUGUUUAUAUGUAAUCAACAACAUUCUCUUGCACCACAAGGGAUCUAUCCGGAAAUUUGUGUGUCUCCGUUCAUGGCCUGUAACACUAGAUGUUAGGUGUGAGUCGCCUGCCACGGAUAAGUUGUUGAUGUCGGUCACGGGACAAGGUGUCGAAGAAAUCAACCUUUGUUUUGUUAAUGGUAAAUAUUAGCUGCGGGAUUGCAUUUUUUCGUGCUCAACACUCCGGAUAUUACAUCUGGAACGGUUUUAUAUUGAACCACAAAGUUCCGCAUGCAUUUUGCCCAAUGCUACGUCACUUAGUUUUAAAUGUUGUGACUUUGGUACUAGAGGUCUUUCGAGCUACGCUGUUGAUGUUCUCAAGCUGGAGAAUUUGUCAUUUAUGUAUUGUACGAAUCUGUUUCACUUCAACAUUGGUGCUAGAAAUCUUUACAGUUUGACAAUCAACCAUUGUUUUAGUAGCAAAACGGGCAACUUUCUCCCGGUGAACUUGAACUUGAGUUCUAUUAGCGUUCUUGAUAUAGACAGUUUCAGUCUCCAGGGUUUUCUUGGCCAAUAUACUUCAAAGGGACAUUCAUUACAGCCAUUUGCACUAAAUGUGGAGCGACUCAAGCUAUCCGAGUUUUGUUUCCGAGAUGAUGCUAGGAUUUCUGCAUUUGUAUGCUUGCUGUGCAAAUGUCCAAAGCUAUCCCAUCUUGAAAUAGGAUUUGAAGAUGUGGUAUUCAUGUUGGCUGGGGAUAUUAACAAGCGUGUAGAUUCCGGACUGUUGAAAAAACUCCUUAGUGUGGUACGAACACACAAGCUGCUUUCGUCUUUGAAGCUUAGCUCGUUCACAGGUUUGAGGCCCCAAAUGCAUUUCAUCGAGGAGAUGCUUGCCUCUCUUCCAUCACUUGAAGAGGUUGUCAUUAUUUGUUUGCCCCAUAGGUUUGAUUGGAACAAAAAACGUGACAUUUUUGAAGAAAUUUCGCAUUUCCCGUGUGCAUCCCACAAACCAAAAAUUGCUUAUCGGUGACUUAUCUUUUCAAGUCGAAUCUACCAUCCAGUGCAAAUCACUUUUGUCGUUGUGGUUAGUGAUAUGCCUAAUGGUUGUAUGAAUCGCUAUGAUAUGCCAAAUGGAUGCGGUUUCUAACUUGGUGUGCUCCAAGAAAGGUUUGAGAUUGCGUAUUUUUACGCUCGAGAUUCUAUCUGUGUGGUUUCUCUAUCGAACCAUGAAAUUCCCCACGUGUUUCAUCAAAGUCAUCUCACAUCAUUUUCACCGUCUACUUUGGUCCUCAAAAAUCUUACAAAUUACGUUGUUAUUGUUUCUAAGUUGGAAACAAGUUUCCAUUGCAUGUGUCUCAAAACCCAUCCAUUGGCCAUGUCAAAGUCAGUCAUACAAAAUUGGCAUACUUGCAAAAAUUUACCAUUCCUACCAUUUCGCAUAUCUGUAAGUACUACAACCACACCAACAAAAGUGAAUUAGUAGAGGUAGAUUCAACUUGGGAAGACGAGUUUAGCUUUCGCAGAUGCACGUGGAAAAUGCGAUAUUUCUUCAAAAGUUUCAUGUUCCUUGCUCCGAUCAAACCUAUAAGGACGACUGAUGAUAACCUUUUCAAGUGUGGGAAGACAGGCAAGCAUCUCCUGAAUGAAAUGCAUUUGGGGCCUCAGUCCGGAGAACGAGCUAAGCUUCAAAAUUAGAAGCAUUUUGUGUGUUUGUAGCACUCUACGAAGUUUUUUC